AUGGCAGAGCGGACAGCCUCCCCCAGCAGCGUCGCUAGCGGCUCCACCUUGACCCAGCAGGUGGGAUCACGGCAAGGCACUCGGUCACGAUCGAGGACGACCAGGAAAGCAUCGGGGAGUGUGCCCGCAUCGUCAUCAGUGGCUCCACCUUUGCCUAGAUACGCUAGCGAGGAUCAUCCCUUGUCGGCGCAUAGGCUCGCAGCUAGAGGCUAUCACUCAUUCAGCUGCCUAGGCGUGCCGUUUCAUGUGCCCAAGCGGUACAAAUUCAUCAGAGAGCUGGGCAUUGGAGCGUACGGAUGCGUCGCACUAGCGAGAGACGAGGAGCUAGAUAUGAACGUUGCCAUCAAGAAAGUCACACGAGUCUUCGAAAGGGACGUCUUGGCUCGGCGAGCGUUACGUGAAGUGGCCAUACUACGGCAUAUGCUCAAGAAUCAGAACUGCACAGCACUCAUCGACUUCGAUACCACGUUCAUCGACUUCUCCGAGAUCUACCUCGUCCUAUCGGCUAGUGAGGCAGAUCUCAGUCAGAUCAUCAGAUCAGGCCAGGCCCUGUCAGAUGCUCAUUUGCAAUACUUUGCCGCGCAACUCUUGCGGGGAGUGCGGUAUAUGCAUGCUGCAAACAUCAUCCACCGAGACUUGAAACCAGGGAAUCUACUAGUAAAUGCAGACUGUGCUCUGUUCAUCUGCGACUUUGGACUGGCCAGAGCUUUCGCAGACGGUACCACUGAGAAGCAAGAUCUCAGCGGCAGGGAACGGAAGAAGCAGCGAGGGAGAGAGGUGCCUAACGAAGCGCCAACAGUUGAUCAGGAGGUGCCGCAUGCUUCCCUCACCAGUCCAUCGUCCCCAGAGCAUCCUGCAAGGCCGCAUGGAACGCAAGAGACCUCAGGGCACGAUAGAGCGGAUCCGCCAUCACCUGCUGCAGCGCCUCCUAAGCCUUCCAAAAUCCGCACUACCCGACUGGACUUUCCUGGUGGCCCGCUCACAGAGUAUGUAUCGACGCGGUGGUACAGAGCGCCAGAGAUUAUGCUAGGCUUCAACGAGGGAUACGGACCUGAGAUUGAUAUGUGGUCAGUAGGCUGCAUCCUCGCAGAGUUGGCCACAGGUAGGCCUCUAUUCGAUGGCAAAGAUUACGUGGAUCAAAUCGCUCGCAUCCACGGGGUGCUGGGACCACCUUCUCAGUCCGUCCUCGAUAGGAUCAGCUCGGAGCGUGCCAAGGUCUAUGUAGAGAGCUUACCCAAGGAUUCGCCGCCGCUGCCUCUUCGCAAGAUUCUCAAGACAGCUGCACCUGGCUUGGUCGACCUGCUAGAGCAGCUCCUGGUGUGGGAUCCAGCGAAGAGGCUGACGGCAGAAGAGGCAUUUCGUCACCCCUGGCUCACUGCGUACCAUGGCAUCAUCGACCAGUGGGAGAAGCCAGAGCCUUUCUCUAAGUUCGACGAGAUCGAGCUCAUCGAUACACUGUCCGAGUUCAGGAGCGCUCUGCAGGCGGAAUCGGACGAGGUCAAGGGAGAAUACGCUAAUCUCUUCGGAAGCGGCGAAGAUACCCCUAUCAGCUCCACGGACUCUGCCCAGGAAGACUCUGGCGACGAUCGUAGUAGCGGCAGGAAGAUGACGACCAGUGCGGAAGUGAGAUCGAUGCGACCACAUGCAGCAGUGUCUAGCAAUGCUGCUCAGGCCAGAAGUCCCUCGAGAGAGGCGCCAGUGCAAGAUGAUGGCACCCCACAAGCUACUGUGGACGGACCAAAGGGUGAAGACAUGGAACUUCAGCAAUCUUCUUCAGCAGCCUCCUCGACUUCGUCCUUGGCCGGCUCAAGCUCUAACCUUACUACCAUGACUCGGUCUGAAGGAUACACGACCGAUCCUUGCUCGCCGCUGACUUCUGUCGGAGAGUCUGCCUGUCUUUCUUCGUCAAGUGAGAACUCGCACUUUGGUGGGGCCAUUGGUCGCCCAGCUGCCUCGUUGGGGAAUGUCUCUAAGCAGAGGUCAUUUACCAUGACAACUGUCAGGGGCGAGGGUGGAGAGCUCUUGGGCAAGAUUAGGAGCUCUGGUAUGACAAAGGACAAUACCUCUUUGACUUCGUCGCGUCCGAUGGCGCACAGGACUACCAGUGCCUUUGAUACGCCAGCUUCUGCCUGGCUUGCCGCACAAGAGGGCACUUCGAUGGGAGAGCGUAGGUCGGCCAUACCUCGCUAUCGACGCAGAGCGCUCACAAAUGCAACUCGUCCUGUUCCACUAGGAGCGAGUGAGAUGGUCAGCUCAUCUGCGCAUCGCUCCCUUUCUCCUCGUGGCAAAGGGACAGCGAGGCUGCCUGCGAGUAGCUCUGUCGAUAUUGCUUCGCUCAGCCUACAUGAUCUCGCAGACGAUGCAGAGGCUGGAGAAGGUGAAUGUUCUGGUCCAGCGCAACGACAUCGUGCCGCCGUGUCUCGCAAGCAACACUACAUGCACACUCCAUCUCCGGACUUCCGCCGCUUCACGAAUGAUCUCAUCCCUCGACCAAAGUACGAGUCGGGAGCCUUUGCGUCCCCGGCUCUGGAUGCCGGGGACGAAGCAACGAAGGACCUGCUCAAGAGGAGGAUCGUGGCAGGAGGAGUCCCCGGCGGGGUUCGUCUCACUGUCAGUGGGAGACGAGACAGCAGAGAAGGAAGUGCGGGUACGGACUCGAGCAACUCUACUAUUGAGGCGGUCGCUCUGGACGUUGCACAAUGA